CUGAGCCGCCAGGAAGGCAGUCAUAUAAAGGCACCCAGUGGAGGCGGCUCCCCAGUCCCAGCCGGUGCCGCCCCAUGAUGAGGCCACUCCUGCUGUCUCUGCUUCUGGCUGCUCUGUGCGCUGACCUGGCCCCGGCCCUGCACUGCCACGUGUGCUGUGGCCACAAGGACUGCGAGUCUCUGGUGGAGUGCGCCCCAACUGACAAGUACUGCGUGAUCACGCAGGCCACGAACCCUGGUGGCAUCCUGGUCAUGAAGUCCUGCGCCCCGGUGUGCCCCAACAGCACCAUGUCUUCGGACGGCCGCACCCUCUCUGUCUCCUGCUGCCAGGGCAGCCAGUGUAACCGCAGCGCAGCCGUGGGCCUGGCGGGCGGCCGCGGGGCCCUGUGGCUCAGCGCCUCGGCCAGUCUGCUGUGGCCGAUGCUCCGGGCGGCCUGGUGAGCCACGCUGUGGACGCGCUGACCUUGGCUCUCGCCUGGCCCCUCCCAGGCAUUUCCAGCCCGCGCGGCACCCCCCCACCCCCGCACACCGGCACGCUGGCAAGAAUAGCCCCUGUCCCUCCCGGCGCUCCUCCCUGCUUCCCCCAGGCCACACCCAGCCCCCUCCUCAGCUCCUACCCCCAGGAGGGAAGCUCUCCCCCUGCCUCAGGGAACCCACCUCCAAGGGACCCUCUGCCCUCUCCUGGGGUCCUGGCCACCCGGCAGUGGGAAGGGCACCUGGACCCUGCCUGGCACCCUCCGCCCCAUUUCAGGGGCUUCUCCUGGGGGCUCCUCCUGACCAGCCUCAUGUGCCCAGAGCUGCAGUGCACGGGGGAGGAGGGCCUGAGGCCUGGGCGUCCCCCGAACCGGUCACUCAUGUGCUCCCACGUGCAUCCCCCCACUCCUGCCAGGGCUUACUCACGCCUCAGUGGGCACACUCAUGCCUCCCGAACCCACUGGGGAGCCUCCUGGGAGCCAGGCGCCUUGGCAGAGCUCCCAGGCCCCCCCAGGGCCGUCGUUCACAAGGCCCCCGGCCCAAAGUCCAGAGAUGGGGUGAGGGCUUUCAGGGGCCGCCACCCCGCCCAGUCCCUGCCGGGUGAAGGCAGGCUUGCUCCUGGCCCCCUGGCUGCCUGCUGUGGGGGCAGAAUCCACGUGGGACACCCAUUCGCACUGCCUCCCGCAGAAGCGCCCGCGGCCAGCCCAGCCCCCUGGAGCUGUGAGAGGAGAAUAAAGCUGCAU